GGUUACUGUACGAUUUAAUGUUGAACUUGUUGGUUUAAUUUUGCCUGUUUUAUAGCUAAUAUCAUCUACAAAACUAUGUCCUAGUCCUCGGAGAGUGCGGGAAUAUGGCACUGAACAUUAGGGUUGUAUAGUCUCAUACUAGAUCUGAAUUGUGAAGAUGCAUCCUGAUUAAACAUAGAAGUACAAAGAUGAAGUGUUGACAGAGUCAUCUCUAACAAUGUCAGUCAAUGGUGAUGACAAAGGUCUGAAAUGCGAAUUCUGCUUAAAAUAUUUCACAUGCAAGUUCAAACUAAAAGCACAUACGCGUGUGCAUACUGGUGAGAAACCAUUCAAAUGUGAAGUGUGCAAAAAGUAUUUUGCAUGGAUUGCCAACUUAAAACAGCAUAUGUUUGGUCAUGCUAGUGGUCGAUCUAGUGAAAAAUGUGAAAAACGCUUCAAAUGUGAAGUGUGCACAAAACGUUUUGCAUACAGUUCCAUAUUAAUACAGCAUAUGUUGAUUCAUACUGCCGAAAAACCCUUUGAAUGUAAAGUGUGCACAAGACGUUUUUCAAGGGGUUCCUACUUAAAACAACAUAGUUUAAUUCAUACCGGUGAAUCAUCUUUCAAAUGUGAAGUGUGCGCACACGUUUGUACAAGCAGUUCCAUCCUAAGACAGCAUAUGUUGAUUCAUAAUAAUGAAAAAGGUUUCAAAUGUGAAGUGUGUACAAAAUGCUUUACACGCAGACAUACUUGAAACUCCACAUGACCAUUCAUACUGGCGAAAAACGUGUCGAGUGUGAACAGUGCUCAAAACGUUUUACAGAUGUUGGACAUUUAAAAAGACAUAUUGUGAUCCAUUCACAUGAAAAACCUUUUAAAUGUGAUGUUUGCCCAAAAUGUUUUCGACACAGAUGCAACUUAAAACGCCAUAUGUUUAUUCAUACUGGGCAGAUGCCUUUUAAAUGUAAAAUAUGCACAAAAACAUUUACAAACGGUUCACUUUUAAAAGAGCAUAUGCUUAUUCAUACCGGUGAAAAAAACUUUACAUGUGACGUAUGCACAACAUAAUUUAGUCACCAUAGCAGUUUGAAACGACAUUUCUCGAUCCAUACUGGUGAGAAAACAUUCCAAAGUGAAGUAUGCAAAAAACGUUUUGCAAAUAGAGAUGGUUUGAAACAGCAUUUAUUGAUUCAUACUGGUGAAAAACCUUUUAAAUGUGAAGUGUGCACAAACUGUUUUUCAGUCAGGGCUGUCUUGAAACAGCAUAUGUUGAUUCAUACUGGGGAAAAACACUUUAGAUGUGAAGUGUGCACAACAUCCUUUAGGCACCAUAGAACUUUGAAACGGCAUAUGUUGAUUCAUACUGGUGAAAAACCGUUCGAAUGUGAAGUGUGUAAAAAACAGUUUACAUCCAGCUCUAUCUUAAAACAACACAUGUUGAUUCAUACUGGUGAAAAACCUUUCGAAUGUAAAGUAUGACAAAACAUUUUGCAUGCAGUUCUGUCUUAAAACAGCAUAUGUUGAUUCAUACUGGUGAAAAACACUUAAUAUGUGAAGUGUGCAGGACAACCUUUAGACAACUUACUACUCUAAAACGGCAUAUGUCGAUUCAUACUGGUGAAAAACCUUUCAAACAUGAAUUGUGCACCAAACGUUUUACAAAGAGUGGUAAUUUAAAGAAG